AUGUUCGAAGGGAAAUUUAUAGAGGGACAGCAGCAGACAACGAUUUUGGAAGAAAUGGAAGGGGUUGUCUCGGCACAAAGCUUUGAGGCAUUCUUACAAUGGCUAUACCUUCGAAAAAUCCGGUUCGACUUAAGUGAGCCCGAACAUCAGAUCUCAGCUACGAUAGAGCUGGCGCGGUUUGCGGACAUGUGCAAUGUUACAGCAAUAGAAUCUGAAGUCGCUCGGUACUUGAAAAAUGUUCUCAUUAACCACCCGAAUCCUGAAAGAAUCAACAUUGGGAUAACUAUCAACACCUACCGUCUCACAUCUCAGCAUAUAAUUUCAGCGACUUUUCUGCCUGAAGGUCACGCAAUCCGCCGCAUUUUGGCUGCCGCAACAGUUAGAGGAUAUCUUCUCUGCGAAAACCACAGAUUCGCUCAGGAGACUAGAGAAUAUCCUAGCUUUGGUGUUGACCUCCUCCACGAAGUGGGAUUGACUUUGAAGGGAAUGAAUAUCGCUGGUUAUGGAGCCACUUGGGAGGAUCCUCUCAAUGGAGACAAGAGCGAAGUCCAGGAAUUUCGUUCUUUCUGA